AUGGCAGUUUUAGAAAAAUCUCCUAUAGAUGAUCGCCUCUACAAGUAUUUUGAAUUGCCAAACAAAAUGAAAUGCUUAGCAAUAAGUGACCCCACAACUGAUAUUUCUGCAGCUGCAGUUAACGUUGAAGUUGGAAAUAUCUCAGAUCCUCCCGAAUAUCAAGGAUUAGCUCACUUUUUAGAACACAUGCUAUUUAUGGGUACAGAAAAAUAUCCAGGAGAAAAUCACUACAAAUCUUUCAUUUCUAAACACGCUGGUUACAAUAAUGCUUCUACCUCUCAAGAGAGCACAAGAUAUUAUUUUAGCGUUUCUUCCCAAAAUUUAUAUGAAGCAUUAGAUAUUUUUUCUCAAUUUUUUAUUCAGCCUUUAUUAGGUGAGGAUGCAGUAAGCAGAGAAAUGAAAGCUGUAGAUGCUGAGCAUAAGAAAAACUUAAAAAAUGAUAUCAGGAGAUAUUUUAGACUGCUGAGGAUGGCUUCAAAACCUGGGCAUCCUUUUGGGCUAUUUGGAACUGGAUGCUUUGAGACGCUAAAUAAACCAGAUAUUUAUACUGAGGUUAAAAGGUUUUAUCAAGAAAAAUAUUCAAGCAACUUGAUGAGUGUAGCUGUCUUAGGAAAAGAACCGAUUGAAAUACUAGAAAAAUGGAUUGAGGACUGUUUUUCUAAUAUCCCUAAUAAAGAAUUAAUUCCUGAUAAACUUGAAGAACAGCCUUUCGAUGAGACUACUAAUGGUUUUUUAACCAAAAUAAUUUCAGUGAAAAAUAAAAAAGAAAUAAAAUUCGUGUGGCAAUUUCCUGGCCUAUCUCAAUAUUACCUCAGCAAACCUGGAAAAUACUUAACUCAUUUAAUAGGCCAUGAAGGAAAAAACAGCUUAUUAUCUGCCCUCACUAAUGAAGAAUUAGCUAGUUCUUUGGUCACAGAAAUUUCUUUUGAUCUUUCCUCUUUUUCUUUAUUUGUAAUUACUAUCACUCUAACUGACAAAGGCUUUGCCCAUUACGAUCGUGUUGUAGAAUUGGUGCACGAGCACAUUGAAAUUUUAAAGGAAAAAGGAAUCCAUUAACAUUAGCAUUAACUUAAAUAUAGAGAAGUUCGCUGUAAUUCCCACUUAAGGGCCUACCUCCACCCGUCACGCUCCACUCGGCUGCUCACCACCGACCGACCACGACCUUCUAAAGUGUUACUCCUUCUGGACGAGGAUGUGCACUCGCUACCCGAAGUUGGAUGAGUUGCGUCACCGUGCCGUACGCCAGCAGAGUUGUCUUUUCCGAAAAUUUGAAAAACAAAUUUUCUGGUCAGACUCACGGCCAAAAUGAAAAUCCAAAGCCUGGGACGUAACUCCCAGUUUCACGCUAGAGAGUUGCCCGAUAGACCAAGAGGAACUCAUUGGCGCUGCUGAGCUUCUCCUUUCCAACAUUGGAAUCCAUUACCCUGAGGUAAAAACCUUGUCAUCAGAGUGAACUGCGGUCGACCAAAUUCGACAUUGCGCUCCACUGUGCCAAGGAAAAACCUAGCCGGAUACCUAUACCGAGCGCCAAAUUCCCUUCCACAAGGUCCCCGAGUCCUAGAAGGAGCCCGGCUACAGGUGUUGAGAAAAAGGGCUGGUUCGCCGUCGCCAUUUUAAUAAGUAUAUGGAAAAAGGAAUCCAAAAAUGGGUAUUCGACGAGCUGAGAUUUAUGGAUAUUGCAAAUUUCAAUAAUAAAAGUGAAAAGAGCCCUGCUGAUGAAGUCAUUGAGCUUUCAAGAAAUCUUCAUAAAUAUCCUCCUGAAAAAAUAAUUUCAGGGCCAUGCAUUAGGGAAGAAUGGAACCCAGAGCUUAUAAGGUCUCUGUUAGAUUUGAUGAGACCUUCAAAUUUACAAAUUUAUUUUCUUUGUCAAAAGUUUGACAAAACUAAUAUGGCUGAAGAAAGCUUUUAUGGGACUUUUUAUAGCAGAGAGAGAUUUUCAGAUGAAUUGUUAGCAAAAAUGAUAUCACCAAGAAGAAAUAGCAAUAAAGAGGUAAUAUUAGACCUUCCUGUUCCUAAUGAUUUUAUUCCAACUUUAUUUCAUAUAGAAGAACCUCAAGAUUUAAAGUUAGUCCCAAAUUUAUUGCUAGAUGACGAGAAAAAUACAGUCUGGCAUAUGUUUGACAAUUCAUUUAAGGCUGAUAAAAUAAUAGCUGAAUUGAUGAUUUAUUGUGGAGAUUGUGCUGUCCAUUUAAAUCCAUUUUUCCAUGUUUUGGCUCAGUUAUGAAACGACAUGUUUUAUCAUAAAUUCCGAGAAACUGAUUAUAUCUAAGGACUGGUUAUAGCUCUAUUCUAUCAGCAAUAUUUCCAACUAGGUAAUAGUUACUACGACCAGCCAAAUAAGCUCAAAAAUGCUUUAAUUUUCACAUACUGAUUCGCUUAGCUAGCUUUAUAAGUUUUGUAUUAUACUCCUCAAGUUAAGACCCAUCAUGUGCUAUAAGCCAUCCUGAACUAUAUCUUGCUAAAUGUGCUGGGCUUAAAUUAUCAUUUGACUUUACAUAUUAUGGGCUAAAAAUAAAUUUAAAUGGCUACAGCCAAAGAUUCGCUAAUUUUUUCGAAACUGUUAUCAGUGCUUUAUCAUCUUUUGAAAUUACUGAAAACGACUGUUCAAUCUUUGAUAUUUACUAUAUAAAGAAAAAAUCUGCUCUUGAAAGCCUAGCAUUGUCGCCGGAACCAAUAGAUGAAGCUUUUAACAUGUUUAAAGACUUGGUGUCUGUAAAUGGAUAUUUUUCACAUCAGGAAAAAUUAGAAGUAUUAAGAAAUGUUACUUUUCAGGAUAUUCUCUGGUUUAGCAAAAAAUGGUUAAAGAAUGUCAGAUUUGAGUGGCUUAUCUUAGGCUGCAUAAACGCAGAAUCAGCUUUAAAUAUGGCUCAAGCUGUAGCAAGUAUAUUUGAAAGCAAAAGAAAUAUUCAAUAUAUUUCUAAAGAAGAUUAUCCUAUUAAUGAAAUUGUUACGAUUCCGUCAGUUUCUACAGAUAAAUCACUAUCAAAUUUAGUCUAUUCAAAACACAUAUAGGAUUUCCCCCUAUAUUGCUCUGUAAGGGCUGUGGAUUCUGUCCGGAAUCCUUUGGUUGGUGGAACCAACAAGUGAGUUGGCCAGACUAGCGUACUGAGUUGUUUCCACCAACCAAAGGAUUCGGACAGAAUCCACAGCCCUUACAGGGCUAUAUAAGGUAAAACCCUAUAGAAGAUAAAACAAACAAAAAUUCUGCAGUUGUCGCAAUUUGGCAAAUAGGAACUGAAGACCCAAAAGCUUUUGCAGGCAUGCACAUAAUUUUAAAAUUUUUAAAGGAGCCUUGCUUUACAACUUUAAGGACAAAAGAGCAGCUAGGGUAUAUUGUAUCUGCAAAUCACCGUAGAAUUCGAGGAAAUUUAUAUCUUUCAAUAGAUAUUCAAUCUUCAGUCUCCUGUUGUGCACAUGUAACUGAAAGAAUUUCAUGCUUUAUUGAUGCAAUGAGACAAAAAGUGCUAGAGAUUACAGAUGAGGAAUAUGAAAAAAUUAAAAAUUCUGCUAAAAAUGCCUGGGCACGGAAAGAUGUGGCAUUGAUUGGCAAAUUUGACAGAUUUAUGACGGAAGUUGUGAGAAGGUCAUAUCUUAGAACUUAGAAUAUUAGAGUGUUUAAAGUGCAAUUCAGUUCUCUAGGGAAUUAUAAAGACGCAUGGCUCACCCCAGUAGACACACAAGCAGUGGCAGGCAUUUCCUAUGUUACCCUUUUUAUCGGGUCGAAGGACCCUAAGCAAAUGAUAGCCACUAAGCCAGGACGCGCUAUCUAUUUCUACGCCUUUUCUGUCUAAGAGUCUACCACUCGGAAGUGUCAAGUGGUAAAUUCCAUGCUAAAAAUCCAAAGGGCCUCAGUCCACAACUUAUCCUACAGGUUUCUAUAGAUAAAGAUUUACUAGAUAGCCGAAAACCAUAAUAAUAAAUAUCUUGGAGAGAGUGUAUUCCGAUGGUAGCCAUUUUAUUAUUAUCUUUAGAAAGUCAUAUCAAUUUACAAAAAAGGAAGACAUCGAGCAAGUUAUGCAUUCUUAUACAAAGGAGGAGUUUCAGAAUUUAUUUGAGAGGAUCUUUUAUAAGAAUUCUGCUAGGGUUGAUUUGGAGCUUAUAAGUGAAAAUCUGAGAGAAGAGCAAGAAGUUCUGGAAAAGCAAUGUGAGAAGAUGAAAAUUCAAAGUCCAAAUUAUUUCAAAAGAAGCAAUGCAAUCAUAUAUAAUAGUAGAUAA